AGAAAACCCGUGCGGCUCGUUCGGAUGUGAAUAUUGCCUCAUCAAUAUCAUCCUGCAAAGCGGAUGACGUUUGCAGUAUCAUGUCUGCGGCGAGACUCGAUCUUUCAGUACGUCUGUACUCAUAUAUAAAUCGUGUCGACGCGAUGUUGUGGCCAAGUAUCGUCCAAAGCAAGAGCCUAAGAUCAUCACGCGGUGAAACUAUAGCAACGAAUCCUUGUCUUGGUUUAACACCUUGUGGACCUUGAGCUUUCUCAUAGCAUACGCAACAUAGACGACCAUGACGGCUCGUAAAGACUUCGAGAUAUGCCGGAGUGUCGAAAAUGCCCUUCGAGACCUCAAGUCUGGCGCUACAAUCAUGGCUGGCAGUUUUGGUCUUUCUGGGAUUCCUGAAACGAUGAUCGAAUGGACUAGACAACAAGAUCAUAUCAAAGACCUCAUCUUCAUUUCAACGGAAGCAGGAGACGAUUCAUGGGGUCUCGGAAGACUCUACGAAAAGAAUAAGAUCAAGGAACAAUACUUGUCGUACAUUGGUCAUUGCCAUCUGAUGGAGAAAGCUUUCCUGCAAGGAGAAACAAAGCUCAACCUCAUCCCACAAGGGACAUUUGCUGAGAAGAUCCGUUGUGCGGGAGCUGGUAUUCCGGCGUUCUACACCAGGACAGGUUUGCAUACGUUAUACGCCGAAGGCAAGCUGCCCUGCAAAUACAACGGCGUAGGCGAAGCGAUCGAAUUCAAUGAACCCCGCGAAGUCAAGUCCUUCAAAGGCAAAGAUUACCUCCUCGAGGAGGCCUUUGAUGAAGCCGAUUUCGCCUGGAUCAAGGCAUACAAAGCCGACACCAUGGGCAAUUGUAUCUUCAAGGGCAGUUCUUACAACUACAAUCGCAUCAUGGCGAAUGCAGCGAAGAUCACCAUCGUCGAGGCAGAAGAGAUUGUCGAAGCGGGAGCGCUAUCGCCCGAAUCCAUACAUCUGCCGGGUUUGAACGUCAAUCGUCUCUUCAAAGGUGAGAGAUGGGGCAAGAUCGAGAUCCUCAAAAACGACACCAGCGACGACAUGAAAAAGCCCGAAAAGAAAACCGUUCGAGAUAUCAUCGCGCAACGCGCAGCCAGAGAAUUCGAACCUGGUUCAAGCUGCAAUCUCGGCGUUGGUAUGCCUGUCCUAGCUGCAGACUUCGCCGCCAAAGAUGGUCGACACGUGUACGUGCAAAGUGAAAACGGCAUCAUCGGCGUCGGAGGCUAUCCCAAGAAGGGAGAAGAAGAUAACGAUUGGAUCAAUGCCGGCAAGGAGACCAUCACCGCUAUCCCCGGCGCCAGUACUUUCGGAAGUGAUGUUUCCUUCGGCCAGAUCCGCGGCGGACAUCUCAACAUGACGGUCUUGGGCGCACUGGAAUGUAGCCAGUAUGGCGAUAUCGCGAAUUACAUGAUCCCAGGGAAGAUGGUGAAGGGUAUGGGCGGCGCCAUGGACCUCGUCGCCAACCCCGAGAAAACGCGAAUCGUCGUCGUGCAAACCCACUGUGCCAAAGACGGCACGUCGAAGAUCAAAGCUCAAUGCGAUCUUCCCUUGACAGGAGCCAGGUGUGUUCAUACCAUUAUCAUAGAACUGGCGUGCUUUGAUGUCGAUCAUGCAAAGGGCCUUACUUUGCGCGACUAUAAUCCGGAUUCGAGUAUCGAGGAGAUCAGGGAGAAAACGGCGUGUGAUUUCCAGGUUGCGGAGGGAUGUGGUCCUUGGGAAGUUUAAUGAUUGGGACCAACGUACCAAAAGUCUGAAGAUUGGAUUCGUUCGAUCGACUCUUAUCCGUUCAGAGACUCUGGUCUUGUUUUCAAUUACUCUCGAAGCCCAGAGCAAAUUCUCCAGCACCGGAAUGGCCGUCAAAUGACAUGCAGUGUACCUUGAUGGUCUGCCGAUGCUUUCAAAAUGUGCCUAUUUAUUUUCAAUCCGAUCUCUUUGCAUCUGUACAGAUCCAUAACAUUCCUUGGUAAAUAUCGACA